UUGGACUGGAUCAGGGUCACGUUUCGCGAGUGCGUCAGCGAUGACGUCCAACUCGCGGGCUUUUAUCUCGCCCUCGUCACCAUAGCGUGCUGGAUGAGCGCGCAAGUCCCGCAGCUCGUGUUGAACUAUCGCGCGAAAUCCGCGCGCGGUUUAAGCCCGUACUUCUUGCUUCAAUGGCUGGCCGGGGACUCGUUCAACUUGAUCGGAUGCGUCCUCACCGGGGACCAAGCGCCGACGCAAACGUACACCGCGGUGUACUUUGUGUUGAGCGAUUUGGCGCUGCUGUGUCAGUACACGUAUUACGAACGCGACGGCGCGCGAGCGCGAGCGAGCGCGAGCGAUGACGAGGGAUCGGUGUCUGGCCCGAUGUCGCCCGUGGGCGGCUUCGUGUUGGCGGGCGCGGCGGCGUUGGCGUUGACGACGAUGACGACGAAUAGCGCGGGAGAAGCGUCGAAUGGGAUGUUACGCGAGGCGAUGAAUGUCACUGAUUGUGAUUAUAACGCCAAUCCGGCGUGGAUGCAAAGCUUUGGUCGCGGCGUUGGGUAUCUGGCGACGUGUUUCUACUUGGGCGGUCGUUUGGCGCAAAUAGCAAAAAAUAGACGACGGCGUUCCGUCGAGGGGUUGUCGCUCACGAUGUUCGCGCUCGCCAUCACAGCGAACGUCGCGUACGGAACGUCGGUGUUGUGUGCGAGUCACUCGAGAGCGGACGUGAUACGAUCGUUGCCUUGGCUUUUGGGGAGCUUUGGCACUGUGUCGCUCGACGCGACGAUUUUAGCGCAG